AUGCCACAGAGAGCCGUGAACAUGAGGAAGAGCAGACACCGCGCCAACAUGGGAUUUUAUGUGCUUUUCAGAUGGCUUAUAUUCAUGGUGGCAAUACCCACCUGGCUUCUCGCUGCUCCAAGUGCUAUCCGGGAGCGUCCCUGUCCCCCGAGCUGUAGAUGUGAUGGGAAAAUAAUAUACUGUGAAUCCAAUGCCUUUCGUGACGUGCCAAACAACGUGUCUGUAACCACGCAGGGGCUGUCUCUUCGUUACAACAGCCUCGCCAGCCUCCGGGCUCACCAGUUCGCAGGCCUGAGUCAACUGGUGUGGCUCUACCUGGACCACAAUUACAUCAGUGCUGUGGACGGCCAGGCCUUCCACGGGAUAAGGAGGCUCAAAGAACUGAUCCUCAGCUCGAAUAAGAUCACGCAGCUAAAAAACGACACAUUCCACGACGUUCCCAACUUGCGCAAUCUCGACCUGUCUUACAAUAAGCUGCAGUUUCUUCAGCCCAAUCAGUUCCUGAGUCUGCGGAAGCUGCUUAGUUUACACCUGAGGUCAAACUCCUUAAAAACUAUUCCCAUGCGCGUAUUCCUCGAUUGUCGUAACCUGGAAUUUCUUGAUAUCGGCUACAACCGGCUGAGGAGCCUCACACGAAAUGCCUUUGCGGGACUCCUAAAGCUCAUAGAGCUUCAUUUGGAGCACAAUCAGUUUUCCAAGAUAAAUUUUGCUCAUUUCCCACGCCUUACUAACCUGAGGGCGCUCUAUCUGCAGUGGAACCGUAUUAAACUGUUAACCCAGGGACUGCCGUGGAUGUGGACGUCCCUGCAAAAGUUGGACCUCUCUGGAAAUGAGCUAGAAGUGUUGGAUCCGAGCACUUUUCAGUGCCUGCCCAAUCUCCAGACUUUGAACCUGGACUCCAACAAACUCAGCAACGUCUCUCAGCAGACGGUGGAGACUUGGAUCUCCCUCACCACCAUCAGUCUGGCUGGUAAUUUGUGGCACUGUAACCCCAAUAUAUGCCCUCUAGUCUCCUGGCUCAAGGCUUUCAAGGGUAACAAGGAGACGGCUAUGAUUUGUGCCACCCCUAAGGAGGCGCAAGGAGAAAAAGUAACAGAUGUGGUGGAGACCUACAACAUCUGCACAGCGACGCCCACCCCCAUCCCCACGACCACAUUACCCCUCACAUCUGCGUUCCAGCCUGAGUUGCUCCCUCUUCCCACACAAUCUGUGGUGAGUAAUAAGCCGACCUGGAACUGGACAACCUCCCCGACUCCUACCGAGGCCUCCCCCACCAUCCUUUUGCCAGACACCGAGUAUGUGUCCUUCCACAAGAUCAUAGCAGGUAGCGUGGCCUUGUUCCUGUCCGUGGCUAUCAUCCUGCUGGUUAUCUACGUCUCCUGGAAGCGCUAUCCCAGCAGUCUCAAACAGCUCCAGGAGCGCUCAGCGGUGAAAAAGCGCCAGAAAAAGGCGCGGGAGACCGAGCGCUCCUUCAAUUCCCCACUGCAAGAGUACUAUGUGGACUACAAACCUUCACACUCAGAGACAAUGGAUGUGCUGGUUAAUGGGACAGGACCUUACACAUACACCAUCUCAGGCUCCAGGGAAUGCGAGAUACCGCGGCAGCUGAAUCCCCUGACCCUGUACAGGUGUGAACGGUCAGUUGUGGAUUACUGCCAUGCCCACCUGUUGCUGCACCACAAAGUGGGCAUGGAGCCCUCCGUCCAGGCGAUGGGAGGACCUGGGCCAGCCUUGUACCACCCAGGUCUAACAGCCGCCCUCCCCUCUGAGCCUGUGCUGCCUUGCCCCCAGAUUUACUCCCACCGCCAGUGA